AUGGGACCUAAAAAGCGAAGAAGUGCGUUUUACAAACCGCCAAUACCAAAGAGAUCACGUCUAUCGGUUGAGCCGAUUGAAACUAUUAUGGAAAAGCAAGAGGAGAAAAAGAAAUCACAGGUUUUAUCUAGUCUUUCUAGCAAGACCCGUCCAACACAGUCAACGCGUCCAAUAAACGGGAAAACCACUACCAUAAACAAUAUCAGAAAGUCUGUUUUACAACCAAGGUCUUCGUCAGCGCCGGCAUCACCUGUAAAGCCAGCAGUAACACGUACUCGGGCGGCAGCAGCAGCUAAGGGGGCAACAUCAUCUACAACUAAGACAACGACGGCGACGACUACUUCGACAACAUCUGCGAUCGCAGCAGCUGUGGAAAAGAGCCGUGCAGAACAAGAAAGCCUUGCAUCGCGUAAAAUCCUAUACACACCCAGUGUUCCUGCACGGACACGGACACUGAUAGAAAGCUCAUCUGAAACCAAUAAGACUGCGAGUUUCUCUGCGCCAACAACACCAGCGCGGCCUGGGUUAGUUGAUGAUAAACUUGUAAUAAAUCUUGAAGAAAGCGAGGAAGAAGAGGAAGUGGAUGGGAAAGAAGAAGAGGAAGAACAAGAAGAACAAUAUGAUGAAGGUGACGAAGAAGAAGAAAAUGAUGAUGAGGGAGACGAAGAAACGUGGAAGCAAAAGUAUUAUGCGCUUGUAAAGUUACGGACCACAGAUGCUGAAAAAGGUUUACAAGAGUACGUUGCUGCGCAGAAACAAAAAGAGUCAUUAUUUUCAAAGCUACAAGAAUAUGAAGCGCGUGUGCAAAAGACAGAAAGGGCUCGGUGGGAUGGGCUCUACGAUAAACUAGAUGAGCUCAACAAAAGCCUAGGGAAGCCAUUUGUGGAAAGCAAACCAAGAUUUGGUGGAGAAGAUGAAAACAGGCAGAUUUUAGCAUCUUUAGAAACAAUCAAGGCCAAUAUGCAGAAACUACAUACAACACUGGUUCCAAACGAUUCUAAGAAACUUACUGAUAUGCUUGAAUCGUUAAGGAAUGAUGUGAUUGAGAGUCGGAAAGAAUCUGAUCUACUAGGUAAACCAGGAGGAGAUGUCAUGACAGAGACUUUACAAAAGGAAAUCACAGCUGCAGUGAAGCGCGGGGUCGAGUCAUCGUUAGCUGAAUUAAGGAUGCAAAUGCGCAGCGAUGAGGGAUGCGUGGAACAUCGCAACAUCAUCACAUUGCUGUGUUUGUUUGCAGGGAUAGCCAUAACAAGUAUUCGUCAAACGUCAACAAGUACAGUCUACGAAUGCUUAAGUCGCGGCAAGGCAGGUGAGUUCGUGUACUGGUUAUCGGUGUCUCGUGAGGCUCCGGAAGGUGUGGAAAUCAAAGCUGGAGAUGAUGUACGGUUAUAUGAAUACUGGGAUAACUUUUCAAUUGACUACAUGCCGGUGGACGUUGCCAGUAACCGGGCGAUUUUCCAAAAACUGCCGCAGUAUUUUCAGGAAAAUAUUGCGUUUGGGAGUUUGGUGGUGAGUAUUAUGGAUAUUCUAUGA